AUGGAAGCAACAGGGCUUAGCCUUGGAAAGUCUGUGCUGGAUGGAGCUCUUGGCUAUGCCAAAUCCACCGUUGCGGAGGAGGUUGCCUUGCAGCUUGGCAUCCAGCAAGACCAAGCUUUCAUUAGGGAUGAGCUUGAGAUGAUGAUGGCUUUCCUGAUGGCAGCACAUGAGGAGCGAGAUGAGCACAAGGUGAUCAAGACCUGGGUGAAACAGGUCCGUGACGUGGCCUAUGAUGCAGAGGACUGCCUCCAGGAUUUUGCUGUUCGCAUUGGGAAGCCAUCCUGGUGGCGCUUCUGGCACAUCCCUCUCAUGCUGCUGGAACGCCACCGUGUAGCCAACAAGAUGAAGGAGCUUCGAGCCAAGGUUGAGGAUGUCAGCCAGAGGAAUGUGCGCUACCGCCUCAUCAAGGGCCCUAGCUCCACGGCUACCACCACCACUGGACAAUCCAACAUGGCCAGCGAAACAAUGUCUAGCACUGAGGAAAUGAAGCAACAAAGACAAAGCAGAAGUUUAACUCCUGGGGCCCAAGAUCUGUGGAGGAUAUGGAUGAUGAAUGAAGAUGAUUUGGUUGAUGAGUUCAAGAAAGUUUUGAGUGAGAAGUGUUACCUGGUCGUGCUUAGUGAUCUCUCCUCUAUGGAAGAGUGGGAUCAGAUCAAAACAUGCUUCCCAAAUAACAAGAAUGGGAGCCGAUUCAUAGUGUGCACAGAGCAUAUCAAAGCGGCAAACUUAUGUGUUGGGACAGAGGUUGCGCUUCUAGAGCACAAGCAAUUGUCUGUUGAUCAGACUCUUUAUGCUUUCUAUGAGAAGGGUUCACAGGACGGAGCAGAUUCAAUAGAGGAAGCCUCUAGUUCAAACACUACGAGGACUAUUGAUAGUGAAACCUCUAUGGAUGGAAAGAGACUGACCCGCAUGGAAACGACACUAGCUGCUUUUAAGGAAUCUCAGCUCAUUGGGCGAGCGAAUGACAAAUUAGAAAUUAUCAAAAAGAUUUCAGAUAAACAUAGUCAAGAAUUUGAGGUGAUCUCUAUCUACGGAAUGGGUGGUCUGGGGAAAACAAAUUUAGUCAAACAUGUCUACCAAAGCCAAGAGCUCAGUGCUAUGUUUGAGAAGCGUGCCUGUAUCACAAUCAAGCGUCCUUUCAAUCAAAGUGAGCUCCUCAAUAGCUUAGCUACACAAUUGGGUGAUAAGGAAGGGAAUGGUGACAAAUUGGCUGAUCUUUUACAAGGGAAAAGCUAUUUGAUUGUUCUUGAUGAUAUAUCAUGA